CGACUCUACUCUUGCGACGCGUCCCACUCCCCGUCGCAAGACGACGCUUCAACCCCAUGUUGUCUGCGCGAGCAGAACCUACACGACGGUCAACGCUCCCGCCUACAGACCGGCCCGCGGGGACACCAACGCGGUUGAACAUGCCCUCGUCACCGCCUGCAGAUGCCGACCGUCACUCCAUCGAUCCUGCUGAGCCCUUGAGGGGCUUCGUUGUCUGUUGCACGAGCAUCCCGCCUGAGCAGCGAACCGAAAUCGGGAACAAAGUCGCAGAGCUUGGGGGCAUACACAAGUACGACCUCACGCCCGACUGCACACACCUCAUCGUCGGCAACUAUGACACGCCAAAGUACCGCCAUGUCGCGCGUGAGCGACCCGAUGUCAAGGCCAUGGAUGCCGCCUGGAUCGAGGCACUGUCAGAGCUUUGGCGUAACGAUGACGACAUUGACUUCUGGACCCUUGAGAAGAAAUACGAGUUGAAGCCUCUGGAAAGAUGCGGCGCCAGUGCCUCCUCCAAGGCUCCCCACUCGCUCUUGGUGUGCCUGACCGGCUUCGGCGAAGAGCGCGAACAAAUAGCGGAGACUAUAGCCACGAAUGGGGGCUGCUACACGGGCGAUCUCACGCGGAAGUGCUCCCAUCUCAUCGUGAGCAAGCCCGAGGGCAAAAAGUUCUCCGCUGCCAAGUCUUGGGGCGUCCACACCGUCACACUCGCCUGGCUCGAGCAGACCAUCGCACGCGGCAUGAUAUUAGACGAGGACAAAUUUGAUCCCUUGCUACCAACGGAGGAGCAGGGUGUUGGCGCUUGGAUCAAGAAGGACCUCAAACGUACGUCACUUGGUAAGAGGUCUAGGUCGGGGACGGCAAACCCUGCCGAGGAUGGUGGCAGGAAGCUGCGCAAGACGGCCAGCAUGAAACUCAACUCGCAGCGAAACAGUCUUUGGGGCGACAUUUUGGGGCGCUCAACCUCACGCGAGUAUUCUUUUGCCAGGGAAUCUCCAGUGGACGAGCCGACCCAGGACGCUGCGCAUAGCGACCUAGCCGUCGGGAGAGACGAACCUGCUGGUAUAUUUUCCAACUGCGUCUUCACGACACACGGCUGCGACGAGGCAAGACAGAAGGUUCUAGAAGACAGCAUCGUCCCUCUCGGUGGGUUGGUGGUCCGCACGCUUGACGAAGUCGUGUCCUAUCCCGCGCCAGCAGAGCCUUUCUUCCGGUUCCUCAUUGUACCGCAGCUCUCGCAACCCGAUACCCACCCUCCAGCGCCGCCCGACAAGGUCCACGUUGUUACACAAUACUACAUCGAGCGCUGCUUGCAUAGCAAGAGCUUUCUCCACCCGAAUAGCAGCGUGUUUGGACGACCGUUCCCGCGAUACCCCAUCCCUGGGUUCUCGGACCUUACGAUAUGCGGCUCAUCGUUCACGGGAAUCGAACUCAACCAAGUCGCUCGAAGCGUGGCACAGCUUGGGGCCAGGUAUGAUGAGGAGUUUAAACGCACAACGAGCUUGGUCCUCUGUAGGUCGCUGCCUGCCAUGCGCAAGAACAAGCGCGCCUUUGCGCUCGAGUGGGGUGUACCGGUCGUGUCUCUGGACUGGCUCGUCGAGUGCAUCAGCACCGGUUGCAAGGUUCCCAUCGACGACUACAUCUUUCCAGAGCUUAAAGACUCGUAUGUUGCAAGGAGACGCGGAGACGGGCAACAAGACGACAGGAAUCUAGCGAGGCCAUCACUCUCGCGUCCGUCGGAGCCCACCCCUACAGCGGUCAAGCUGGAGGCGAAGCCGGCGUCGCCCAGAGGCCAGGGGGUCGAUUCUACCGGCUUCGAGCGCGACUCGGCCGAGAGGAGCGACAGCCCCAAGUCGAUCCCCGCGGUGAAGCAGGAAGACACCAACACGUCGGCGGACUUCAUGACGGCUAGGAGCCGGCCCGUGGACACAUUCGCCAGGGACUCGGACGCUCCUCUAAGCGAGCUGUCCUCUGCGUCUAUCAACAAGUCCCCAUCCCCGCCCAAACACGCCAAUGCACCGAAACGCACGCGCUCUGAGCCAUCGACGAACCACACCGCGGCAGACAAACCAGCGCGAGCCAGCCGGGGCCCCUCGGCACCUCCCGUCGACUUAGCCGGGGAGACGAGGAAGAAUACGGACGCAGACGGGGGAACGGCCCUCAAGGUAGUGGACGAAGAGGCCAAGGAAAAAGCCAAGGCAGCAGAGCGCCAGGAACUCGCAUCGACCAUCAAGUCCAUUCUCUGCUCGACCACCGCUUCCGCCGCCGCGGGCGCAGAUCGUCCGGGGACUCUGAACACGCAGGCCCCGCCGUCACGCACGCGUACCCGCCGCAUCCUAGGCCGCGCUAUCAGCAACGUCUCCAACGCCAGCAGCGCCGACGGGCCCGAAACCCUCCGCGCACCUGCCGUCGCCGCCGCCGCCGCCGCCGACCCGGACCAGGACGACCCCGACGACAACGGAUCGCUUGAUGCGCAAGCCCCGCCCGCAACGCAGCUCCAGUACGGGGACGACGAGGCACGCGGCCACAAGCAGGCUCUCAUGGACCGCAUGCGCGGCGGCGGCGGCGGCGACACCCUCAAGGCCACCGCCUCCGCACCGGCCGCCGUCGUCACGGCAGAUGGACCCGCCGCCAGCUCGGGACGCAGCAGGGCCCUGCGGAAACGAUGAGGCGGGGGGAGCGGCAGCCGACGACAGGGUUGCUUUAUGGCAUCAUGAACUUGUUUCCCUUUUCGAAUCUAGAUUUCCCUCAGGGGUCGGAUGCAUGCAUGCAUGGAUGCGUGGAUGAAGACAUGUGCGACGGAAUCCUACCAAGGUACCUACCUACCUACCUAGUACCUUAUUAGCAUACGACCAGCCGGUAGUAUGCAUACGAAAAUGCUUGGGAAUCGGGGAGUUUAGGUACGUACUACUACCAGCAACGGAGAUUGCAUGGGGCAGCCAAGGAGGCGCAAUGGAGGCA